CAUGGCGGCUCCUGGUCCUGUGACUCCCGGGGCACCCUUUGAACCAGCACAGCCCCCAGUCAUUGAGGGCUUUAGCCCCAGUAUCUACAGCACUCAAGAAAGCUUCAAGGAAAAAUUUCUUCGCAAGACCCGCGAGAACCCAAUGGUACCCAUAGAGCUCUGGACUCUUGAGUACGGGAGGCUUACAGCGGGGAGGGGCCUCCGGGGCCGGAACGUGCCACUCCUCACUUACUUUGUCCCCUCCUCAGGCUGCCUGGGCACGGCGGCCGCCCUAACCUACGGCCUCUACUGCUUCCAUCGGGGUCAGAGCCACCGCUCUCAGCUUAUGAUGCGCACCCGGAUCGCUGCCCAGGGCUUCACGGUCGCAGCCAUCUUGUUGGGUCUGGCUGCAUCUGCUAUGAAGUCUCGAUCCUGAGUCCGAGACCUGGCCUUGAAAGUUACGCAGAGACCAUUCCCAGCCCCAGGAGCAACCACUGGUCCCGCUACCUGACUUAUUCCCGCCACUCCCCUGACAAGCCCCUGUAUCAGCGGGGGAGGAAGUGGCCAGUUGUGUAACUGACAGAUGUUUUUUCAGGAAUCUCAGAUUCAGUUCAGUUUGGAUGUUGCAUAGUUCUGUUUGUGCCCCACUUUCUUCACUUCCUACUUAAUAAACUGAUCCACUUGUAGUUUGGUGAAUUC